UAAUGCAAAAUUACAAUUAUUAUUCAGUUGUUACACAUUUAUUUAUGAAUCGGUCGUUUUAGUGAGGAAUAUGACUAAUUUGUCCGAGGUUUUCAGGAGGAACUUAUUUACUGGAGUAAUUUCCUUGGUAGCUGUUGGCAUCCUAAUGGUAUGCACAUCCACCCUAAUGUUUGUCCAUAACCCCCAAAAAUUAAUAGUUAAAAUGAUUUUAACCCUCUCGGAUGGUUCAUUAUUUUACAAACUAUGGUCAGCACCGCCCUUCAACAUUUACUUGAAGAUCUACAUAUUUAAUAUAACGAAUUCGAAAGAGUUUCUGGCGGGAAAAGAGAAGAUGAAUCUGACUCAACUGGGGCCGUAUAUUUACCGGGAAAUUUUGACUAAUCAAAAUGCCACUUUCAAUGACUCUGAUGGAACCGUCACUUAUAGCCCGCAUAGGGAAAUCGUAUUUGAUCCAGAUAAAUCCGUGAGAGAUCCUAAAAAAGAUCAUAUUAUGACGACAAAUUUGCCGUUAGUGGGUCUUCAAGCGUACCUGAAUGACGCCUCUAUCUUCACGAAUUUGGCCUAUUCGACAGUGACUAGGAGCUUAGGAUCAGAACCGAUCAUGAACGUAACUGUAGAGCAAUAUUUGUGGGGAUAUAAGGAUCCUCUUAUCAAAUAUGCCCAUACUUUAUUGCCCAACUGGAUAGAUUUUGAUACCUUUGGGAUCUUCGAAAGGUUGAUGUCCAGGGACAACAACAACCGCGUGACAAUCGUGACCGACCCAAGCAAAUACCACUCGAAACUCGACCAUUUACUAACGCUAGAAGAACGAAUGCAAGAGUUCCACGUGGUCAAAUGGAACAACAUCUCCGGCCUGAAAGACUGGGGCUUCGAGACUCUAUGGCCCCAUCAAGUGAAGAAGUGCAAUCUGGUAGAGGGCGCCUUCGACGGUACGAUAUUCCCCAGAGACCUUCCACAAAACACCACUUUAACGUUGUUCAGAAAAGCAUUUUGCCGUCCAGUACCCCUACAGUAUUUAAGAGACACCGUGGGAAAGGAAGGCUUUAGACAGUACGAGUACAAGCUGGCAGACAACAUGUUCGACGUCACCAAGGAGAAUGAAUGCUUCUGUUUCAGAAACAAAUGCAUCAAAGGCUUCCAGAGCAUCGCCCCUUGCUACUAUGGUAUCCCCAUCACACUGUCCCAACCUCAUUACUUUAAUGCUGACCCUAAAAUGCUUGAAACCGUUAAUGGUUUGGCCCCAAAUGAGUCCGAGCAUGGCAGCUUAUGUGCUAUCCAGCCUGACAUUGGUGUACCACUAAGUGGGAGCAUGAAAAUCCAGAUUAACUUGGAUGUAGGGAAGACCAAGGGCAACUCGAAAACUUACCGGUUUAAUGACUUACAAGUGCCGCUGUUUUGGGUGGAGAUUACCACCGAAGACUUACCAUCGAUCGUAAUAUUUUUGCUUACCUUGCUGUGCAACGUCAUGCCAGUGGCUUUGGAGGUGAUCAAGUAUCUUCUGGGCCUCAGUGGUUUGGCAUUGAUAUCGGGUGGUGCCUUGUACACACUUUUGAAAACAAAAGUGAGGAUACCAAGGUCACUAAGCUUAGGCAAUAAUGAGUACUCACCCAUUCCCAUAGUAACUCUUCCCGCGGAGUUCUUGGAAAAGUGUGAGAGGCGAUUUUCGUUGAAAUAGAAGACUUUUAGUGAUAUUUAAGGGAAAAACCAAAUGAUAGUUACUAUAUUAGAACAAACCUUGCCAUUUAAUUGAUGCUUAUUGAAAGGUAGUUCAGGGUUUUUAUUGAAACCUCAAACAAGUUGUUUGUAUAAAUAAUAUUGUAAAUAGACUGAUGUAAAUAGUAAUUUUAAUUUAGUAGUUAAUAAUGUUGGUGCAAAUUGUUAGUUCGUGUAGGUGUAUUGUGCUUCGGAACGUUUGUAACAAUAAAAUGUCUUGUUGCUGAUGUUA